UCGAUUUGAGCGGGCGCGACAUUGCCGCGUGGCGGCGGAGGCUCCUCCGGUAUCGCAAGCGAUUGCGCGUGUGGCGCGCCAUCGCGGUGGCAGAGGCGGAGGCGUCCGGCGGCGGGGGCGGCGACGCGAGGCUGGACACGGCGGCGCACUCCACCUUCCGCGACGCCCACCUCACCGCCGCCGCCGCAUCGCUCGCGCAGAGCGGCCGCUACGCAGCCCUCGCCGUGCUGCUGCGCGCGCACGCGGCGCCGGCCGCACCGCGCCGCGAUUGCGGCUGGGUGCUCGACGCGGUGGCCGAGGUGGCCGAGGUGGCCGACCCGGCCGACUACGCCCCCCUCGUUACGUGUGCUUUGGAGCAAGUCUUGCGCACGGGCGACGGCGGAGACGAGGCGGGCGCAGAGACGGAGGGGCUGCGGGGGCUCGCCAUGUCUCCAGCGGUAGAGAGGGCGCUCUCUCGAGGCGGCGAGGCGGCCGCGGCGGCGGAGGAGGAGGCCGAGGCGGAGGAGGUCGCGGCGGAGCGGGCGCGAACAGGCGGGGGCGGGUCGGGCCGCAUCGCCUACGCGGGGCGCGUCGGGGCGUGCGCGUGGCUGUGCGCGCGCGUGCGGCAGAUCGAGGCGCGGAGCGGGCUGUUGGACCACGCCAUCACGCUCGCCGAGAUUGGGUCGGAGAGCGUGGCGGUCUUUGACGGGUCGGGCGACGGAGAGGGAGGGGGCGACCUAUCGAGGCUGCUCGGGCGGCUCCGGCAACUCGAGCCGCUCGUCUACGAGCUCGGCGCAGCCACUUCGCUGCAGGAGUUCGAGGGCAUGAGCGCCGCCGACCGGCUGCAGCUGCUCCUCGACCUCGGCGAGCAGCAGGCGGCCG